AUGAUACUUCUGAUGCUUUUCAUUACCUACUGCGACGCUCGUUUACAAGACAGCUACUCAAAGUUACAAUAUGGAUACAGACUGGAUAGAAAGAUGAUAAGCUCUUUCAUUGACUUCAGUAUUUUAGACUGUGCUGAGGAGUGUUUGAGAACAAAACGAUGUAAAUCCAUGAGUUAUUACAAAGGAGCGAAUUUCUGUGAAAUAAACUAUGAGAACAAAUCUUCAGCCAAUGACAGGUUUUUGGAAAGCCCGGGGUGGACCUACAGUGAAAAGGAGAAUUGGGAUAUUGAUAUUGUGUCUUCUUGUUCGGCAUCAAAUUGUUCCAUCAAUGAAAAAUGCAAACCCUUACCAAUGGGUAAAUUUGAAUGUGUUUUAUCAGAUUGUGGCAUUCCAUCCCAGUGGGGAGUGAAUCUGAGCAGUGUCGGUAGAUGGGAAGGAAUUGGGAUUGAAAGAUUCAUGAAGCUGGACUGUUACCAAAACUGCAGUCAGUCUGGUUCACGGUUGUUUGUUUGCGCACCAAACGGGCAGUGGAAAACAAACCUGAAAUGUGGUAUUUCUACCGAUCACUGUGUCUCCUCUCCCUGUCAAAAUGGGGGAUACUGUACAUCCAAUGCCACAGCGUUCUCAUGUAAGUGUGCAGAUGGCUUCAUCGGAAACACGUGUGAAGGCGUACCACAUGUCUUCAAAGCAUAA